GUUAAUGAUAAGCUGCUUCAGGACAAUGAGUUGCUCCCAUUUUGCCGCAAUGCAAAGAUCACUUGGCAUUAGUAACUUUGAAGAUUUUUACGCCGCCCUGCGAUGAUAUUCUCAAAAUAUGAACAUAUCGACGUUGAUCCCAUGUGUAACGAAAAUGCUACCCCAUUUUUACAAGCUGCAAGAAACAGUCAAGUUGCAGUAUUGCAGUUCCUGAAAUCUAAAAAUGCCAAUGUUUUCCACAAGGACAGGUAUGGAAGAACUGCUUUGCAUUUAGCCGGUUACCAGGGUGAUUUAGAGACCAUCAAAUUGUUGGUUGGGUACGGAUUAGACAUAAAUGAAGGGAAUAAUUUCGGCGAAAUACCUCUGACGAUUCACGCUUCCAGAGGACAUUUGGAAAUACUAUGCUAUUUAUUGGAACGUGGCGCUGAUGUUAAUAUGAAGGUACCUGAAAGUGCGCUUGAUGCAAAAGAACUUGAACGUCGUAACCCAAAAUUGGGUACCGCCCUGCACUGCGCCUGUUUCGAUGGAAACAUGAAGGUUGUCAAAUUUUUAAUUGAUCGCGGUGCCGACAAGGAAUCCCGAAAUGUUUCUCGCCAGACGCCAUUAAUUGUUGCUUCUCUAAAGGGUCACCCGGACGUCGUAGAGUGUUUGUUAAAUGAGCAUGCAAAUAUCCACCACUAUUGUCGCCAAAGGAGAACCGCUCUGCACUGCGCCUGUUUCAAUGGAAACAAGAAAAUUGUAAAACUUUUAAUUGAUCAAGGUGCCGACAAGGAAUCCCCAAAUGAUUCAGGCCAGACGCCAUUGAUUGUUGCUUCUCUAAAGGGUCACUUGGAUAUCGUAGAGUGUUUGUUAAAUGAGCAUGCAAAUAUCCACCACUAUUGUCGCCGAUGGAGAAGCGCCCUUCACUAUGCAUGUGAAAAACAACAUUUUGAUAUUGUUAAAAUAUUAAAAGAACAUAAAGCUAAUGUCAACUGUAAAGACAUAAGCGGUAAUACACCCGCAAUGCUGGCUAAGAACAACCAGCGACUUACUUUCGUCCAAUAA